AUGAACAAGAGUACUGAUCUCCAUAACGGCACCAACUGCAAAGACUUGCGGAACCCAACGGUGGCAAUGGAGGUCCUUCCAGUUUUGUAUUUCUUUGUUUUUGUUGGAGGGUUACUGCUGAAUGCACUGGCUGCCUGGAUCUUCUGUCAUAUUCCAAGUCACUCCAGCUUUGUUGUUUAUCUCAAGAACAUUGUCACCACUGAUCUGAUAAUGGUCAUGACACUUCCUUUCAAAAUCCUCUCUGACUCACAUCUUGGGCCGUGGCAGUUGCAGGCUAUUGUGUGUCGUUACACUCUGGUCAUCUUCUACAAUAGCAUGUACCUGAGCAUCACAUUCCUCGGCCUUAUCAGUUUCGACAGGUACCUGAAGAUAGUACGGCCCAUGAAAAACCUGACCGUGCAGAAGGUCACAUUCGCCAAGUUUGUCAGUGUGGGUUGCUGGGUCUUUAUGAUAGCCUUUGCACUGCCAAACGUCUUUCUGACAAACAAAACCCCCACAAAGGAUAAUGCCGCACAGUGUUACAGAUUGAAAAGCGAGCUGGGUAAAACCUGGCAUCAUUUCAUCAUUUUAAAAUGCCAAGUUAUUUUCUGGAUCACCUUUGUGCUCCUCAUUAUCUGUUAUCCAGCCAUCUUAAAGAAAGUAUACUGGUCCGAUCGGAAGGUGCAAAAGGAGUCCAACUAUGUGAAAAAGAGAGCAAAUCGUAACAUAUUCAGCAUCAUGGUGGUCUUCGUUGUCUGCUUUGUGCCUUAUCAAAUUAUCAGACUGCCUUAUGAUCAGGAUCUAAAGAACAAAAUAAAUUGCACAACAUUCAGUGGGCUGCAUUACGCAAAGGAGGCAUCACAGCUGCUAUGUGCACUCAACAUUUGUCUCGAUCCAGUCAUCUACUUCCUGCUAUGCAAGUCAUUCAUGAAGCUACUGCUUAGAAAGAACAGAAAGAAGCCUCAGAAUGAUUCUAUCCAAUGUGAGAAGCAGAAUUCUACCAACAAUUAA